GAGCUCGACGUAGCAGGGUUGGCAGAAUCCUUCCGAGAGACUUUUGGGUACGACGCAGAGAUGCAGCGGAACCCAGUCAAACUGCCGACGUUCUGCCGCAGCUAUCUGUGGGCUCACGGUGGGAUCUGCGAAAAGCAUCCCUGCUUUGGCCGGGUGGCGCAGCUCGUGCAUCAGUUCGAUUCCGGGCUGCAGAGCAAGCGCGUUGCGACGAGUCUGCUGAUUGUCAAUCUACAGGAGGAGCACACAGGGCAAACGCAGUGGUUUUUCCAGGGAUGUGUUUGCAGACGACCGCUCCUACACGUGCUUGUGCGGCUUUGGCCGCGAGCUCCUGGGCGGUUGGCUAUGUCGAUGAAAGACGGUGUUCCAGUACUGUUGACAUCGCAUCAGAUGUUCCUUUCCUGUGUCUGCUCCUACCUGUCCAUUUUCCCAGACGAUGCUACAGCAUCCCAACUGCGUCCGCAGGCCGCCAUCUACAAGUCUUUUUCAUGUUCGCACGAAGAGGGCGAUCUGGUGUUGCUGGCUGGCGAGGAGACGCACAACAUCGACUUGAGUUCUCGUUGCAAGCGCUUUUCUCAAGCGUUGAAAGCGGAGGCUGCAGCAUUCAAGGAUGCAGAAGCAGCCCCUGCCUCCUCAUCAUCUGCUGGUGACAAACCUGAAUCGCGCGAGGCUGUCGAGCAGGAUAGCAAGCCUUCCAGUGCUGGCGGCGUUUCCGCAGCAGCUUCCGCUGCUGGCGCUGCCGGCCAGAAUGGUGUCUUCUUUCAACGCAAUCUGGGAGUGCUGGAUAUUGGGCCCAGCCCACGGAAGGGACUAAUGUGCAUGAAUUGCGGUGGCAAGAUUGAGAAAGGGGAAUUGAAAUUCAGCUUCGCGUACCGCUUGAACAAACCUCCUCGAUCGAUUCACGUGGCAUGUGUGGCCCAGAUUCAGAAGGAUCUGGUUCAGCCGUGCAUUGAUUCCUUGCAUCGGCUAUUGAUGAACCCGAAGGUUCAGGAAUCUGAGCUGCUGAAGCCUGCUUGUACUCAAGCUUUGGGAUUUCUCGAGGGGUAG